GUGUAUAGCUUGCUGCCAGUGAAGGAAUUGCAUGACUAUCACCAUGGUCCAGACAUGCUCUUGGAGGAGCCCCUGGAGAACUGCAUCCCCUUGAAGAAGAUAGUUCUGAAUGGGAUCACCUAUUCUCCAGUAGUGGAGACAAAUGAAGAGGACACUUAUAGCAUCCUAAAGGAAAUGGGUUUAAAGAUUUUCACAAAUACCAAGGUGAGGAAACCUUGGUAUUGCAGCACUGAGAAUUACGUGCCUACAGGAGCCCACCUUCCAUCACCUUCAGCCAUGUCUGGAGCACCUAUGCAUGCGAUGAGGACAAGCGGCCUUCAGUCAGGUAGAUUUUAUAACAUGUUAAGCACUCCUGAAGAGCUGACGGAGACAGUCCGGAAGUAUUUUCCAGAAACUUGGAUUUGGAGUUUAGUAUCUAUAAGCUCUGAGGGAAAUGCUGAUCUAGAUGUGACCAUCCCUGACACCAUCACUGAGUGGAAAGCCAAUGCAUUCUGCACUUCGGCAGACACGGGCUUUGGUUUGUCCACAACAGUGUCCCUCAGAGCCUUCCAGCCCUUCUUCGUAGAGCUCACCAUGCCCUACUCUGUGGUGCGUGGUGAGUCCUUCACACUGAAAGCCACCGUUUUCAACUACCUGACUGCCUGCAUCAGGGUCAGUGUGACUCUGGCUCAGUCUACUCAUUUCCUGGCUACUCUAGUGGAAAAGGAGGAAGAAUCUCAUUGUCUCUGUGAGAACGGGAGGAAAACUGUGGUUUGGCUGGUGACUCCCAAAUCUCUAGGGCAGGUAGAGUUCUCAGUGAGCACUGAGGCCCUGCAGAACCAACAGCCCUGUGAGAAUGCCAUCGUGGAGACCCCUGAGAAAGGGCGGAAGGACACAGUCAUCAAACAGCUGCUGGUGGAGCCUGAAGGAGUUGAGAAGGAAACAGCCCAGAACUCUGUGCUUUGUGUAAAAGGAGUGCCUGUGAAAGAGAAGUUUUCCCUAUUGCUACCGUCAAAUGUGGUACAAGACUCAGGCAGAGCAUAUUUCUCCGUGCUGGGUGACAUCAUGGGCACUGCCAUGCAGAACCUGCACCAGCUCCUCCAGAUGCCAUUCGGCUGUGGAGAGCAGAACAUGGUCCUUUUUGCACCCAACAUCUAUGUCCUGGACUAUUUGAACAAGACAGGGCAGCUGAGUGAGGAGGUCAAAUCCAAGGCCAUUGGAUACUUAGUGAGCGGUUAUCAGAGGCAGCUGAACUACAAGCACCCAGAUGGCUCUUAUAGUACUUUUGGACCACGUUAUGGACAAGUGGGGAACACCUGGCUCACAGCCUUUGUCCUCAAGUCCUUUGCGCAGGCUCGGCCUCACAUCUUCAUAGAUGAGAAGCACAUCCAGGAUGCUUUGGUCUGGCUGUCCUACAAACAGAAGGAGAACGGCUGUUUCCACAGUUCUGGAACACUCCUGAACAAUGCUAUGAAGGGUGGAGUGGACAACGAGGUCUCACUGACAGCCUACAUCACUAUCGCAUUGCUGGAGAUUCCUCUGCUUGUAACUCACUCCGUGGUGCGUAAUGCUCUGUUCUGCCUGGAAACGGCAGCAGAUGAGAAAGAAAACCACGUGUACACCAAGGCACUGAUGGCGUACGCCUUUGCCCUGGCUGGGAAGGAGGAGAAGCGGAAGGCAUUGCUUGUCUCACUUGAAAAGGAAGCCGUGAAAAAGG